AACUAAUUGUGUGUAAUGUCACCAAGUUCUCAUUUCUCAAACCAGAGCCCAAAAACUACUGAUUCUGGUACCAGAAUCAAGAAACCGAAGGAGAUGAUUAUUCAAGAAAGCCCAGCUCUAACUUGCACAUUAAUAACUCUAACAAUCCUCACCUUUACACUACAAGUAGUCUCUGCAACAACCACCGCAUCCUUCGGUGGUGACGCCGCCCUACAAGACCCAAAUAUACUCCAAGUCACAGACAAUCCGAACCGAAAGUUCUUAAAAGAUGGUGGUCUUUUGGGUACUGAAGAGAAUUUCAAGAUUUUCAUGAAGAAAUAUAAUAAAGAGUAUGGCAGCAGAGAGGAGUACAUGCACCGCCUUGGAGUCUUCGCCAAGAAUAUGAUCAGAGCCGUCGAGCAUCAGGUGCUGGACCCCACGGCUAUACAUGGAGUGACGCCGUUUAUGGAUUUGACGGAGGAGGAGUUUGAGAAGAUGUAUACUGGUGUUGUUGGUGGUGGACGGGUGGGAUUCGUGGAGGAUGUAACGACGUCGUUCUUGGAGACUAGAGGAUUGCCUGAGAACUUUGAUUGGAGGAAGAAAGGUGCUGUUACUGAUGUGAAGAUGCAGGGUGCAUGUGGAUCAUGCUGGGCUUUUAGUACCACUGGAGCGAUUGAAGGAGCUAAUUUUAUAGCAACAGGGAAGCUUCUUAAUCUUAGUGAGCAACAAUUGGUGGACUGCGAUAAUAAGUGUGACAUGGUGGACAAGACUGCAUGCGAUAGUGGUUGCGGGGGAGGUCUUAUGACGAAUGCUUAUAGAUAUUUGAUGGAGGCAGGAGGGUUAGAAGAAGAGAGUUCAUAUCCAUAUACAGGAAAACGCGGUGAAUGCAAGUUUGAUAAGGAGAAAAUAGCAGUCAGAGUUGCUAAUUUCACCAAUAUCGCUAUUAAUGAGGAUCAAAUUGCAGCUCAUUUAGUUCACUAUGGACCUUUGGCAGUUGGAUUGAAUGCGAUUUUUAUGCAAACUUACAUUGGAGGAGUGUCAUGUCCACUUAUUUGCGGCAAGAAAUGGAUCAACCAUGGAGUUUUGCUUGUUGGGUAUGGAGCUAAAGGGUUCUCCAUUCUUAGAUUAAGUAACAAGCCGUAUUGGAUCAUCAAGAACUCUUGGGGUACGCAAUGGGGGGAGGAAGGAUACUAUCGGGUUUGUAGGGGACAUGGCAUGUGUGGAAUGAACAGGAUGGUCUCUGCAGUGGUAACUCAAGUUUCCUAAAAUCAGCUCCAAACUAAAAAGGGUUGAGUAAGAAAUAAUUAGGAGAAACUGUUUUUGGGUUUUUUGCUUAAUAUAUAUAUAUAUAUAUAUAAUGGGAUUUGAUGAUCUUUGGAAAAACUUGUCGAGGCAUGUAUGUUUUUCCCCUUCUGUUUAUUUGGUUUUUGUCCUGGGUUGAUGCUUGUUUUUAUUUUCUGUUAUCAAUAUUUUGAGCAAAAUUAUAGUUUCCACAACUUAA